AUGCAGGCAUGCUGCAUACACGCUCACAGCAAGACCUUCGUUCACCAGGUGGCCACGAAGGUUUACCUAGCUCCUGACACGCCGAUCUCACAGUGCUUGCCUUACAGCAUCAAGCAUCAGCACCUCUUCUCCGGCAACGUUCCUCAGCCGGCAGAUUGGCUGCGAGCGUGGCGGGCGUGCCGGACAGCAUCUUCUUUCAAAGGUGCCGUGAAAUUCUAUUCCACGGAAGACUUCGCUGCUGGCAGGAACACGAAGCUUGACAGUGUGAGUCUCAAGAACAUGAUUCUUGUUAUGCACUGGGCUGUCAAGAGUGUUCGCAAGCAGCGUCUCGAACAAGCCACCAGCAUCAGCUUGUCCGUGGACGACCGCAAGGAGUAUCGUUUGGUGAGGUACCGUUGCGAUGUUCCACCGCGCACUGCCAAGCAGUCAGCGGCUCCAGGCUCCCAAGGUCCCCAAGGCUCCCAAGGCUCCCAAGGCUCGGAGGAUGGCCCGCUUGUCGCCGAUGGCUUGCUUGGGGUCUACAAGACAGGUGCCAGUGUUCCUGAAAACACAUUGGAGGAGCACGAUGCGGACAAGAGUCAGGUGAUGGCAGACAGCAUAGGCAUAGUCAUUGACAGGGCCUGUCAGGAUCCGGAAGGCAAAACUGACGAGGAGUCCUGCAGCCGCUUGAAGCUGCACGUGCGGCACUUUGCAGCCGAUCAGUGCACAUCUGCCCGGAAGUGUGGAAGGUUGUUGGUCACUGGCGGCCAGUAUCCUAACCUGGUCUGGGUAAGCCAUGAUCCUGCGCACCAGGUUCGUAUUGCCUACCAGGACCCUCUUCACGCCAUGCCCGAGUUCCAAGACCAGUGGGAGCGUUUGUUUGCUCCCGGCAAGGGCAAGCAUGCGCUUAUCCCGGACAUCCAGAACUCAGAAGUCUGGAAGGCCAGGCUCAUGGCGGCCCAGCAAGAGGUUCUCAGGCUCCAUGGCUCCCAGGCUGGUGUGGAGAAGGUGAUCCGAGCGUUGUCGUUCUCCCAACCUCGGUUUGACUCGUCGGCCACACCAAUGCUGAAGUACUUGUGCAUGAUUCGUGCGAUGGCGGUCUUAUGUGCUAUGCAGGCUGCUGACGAGAGAAACACGGUCGAGAUUCGCUCCCGAGCAGAGCGCGCCUUGCAAAACAUGAAUGCAGCAGCCCUCAUGCGCUGUGGACUCACUUGCGACUACACAUCUGAGUGCCUGGGUUUCUUGCGCAGGAACUUUGACAUUGAGGAUCCAGAUGUAUCCUGCACCCCCAGAGUGCUGGAAGAGUUCACCAAGCGCCAGCGGUUCUUAUUUGUGGAUGGAUACAUCCUCUCCGACAGCUCGCAGGUUCCCAGUUCCGUGGACGGCUCCGAGGCUCCAGGCUCCCAGGCUCCCAGGAGGUGUGCAACCCAGUUAGUUUACGAGGAGAUCCAGACACCAGAGCCGAUCUUCUAUGGCAACAGAGUCCACUACCUGUGCACGAAGGCCGGCAUUUCUGAUGUAAGGCAGAUCAUGGGAACUAUGGCGCACGUGGUCGAGGCGAUGCUGGAGCGUUUGCGAGUAGAUCUGACGGAGGAUGAGAUCGCCGUGGCUCUGCAGGUAUUCAACCUUCGGCUGUGGCAGGAGACGAACCGACAACAGGAGCUAGUGGACUCUACACGCAAGCUCUGUGAUAUGCUCAAGCUUUCGCACGGGGAGAUUGCGAAGAGUCGCAAUCUUGCUUCAGAGAAAGUCAAGGCACUCGGGCACCCUGGCCUGUCCGACACCUUUUGGACAUUUGCAAAGACUGUCCAGCUGCUCAAGGUCGAAAAAGUCCAGGAUGGUGAGGAACAGAACUUGAGGUACAACAACACCUUGUACAACAAGGCCUUACACCAGGCUGCCACAGCAGCUGUUGCAGUGCUGCGGGGUCCAUCCGGUCCCGUGGAGAAGGCUGCCCGGAGAUUGGAGCUGGAAUUUGGGCGGGGCAUCUUGAGCAGUCAGUACUCGAAGUUGAGCAAGCUGUUAUCGCUGACCAACAAGCUCGCAUCUGCUACCAGAAACGCUGUAGACCUGACGGCCUGGAUGAUCGACUCCUUGACGCUGGCCCUGCGCAUGAACAUGGUCACGCCAGCUAAAUGCACCGAGAAGUUUCUGGAUCGAGACCGGAAGACAGGCGAUGCUGGCUUUUGGUUGUCGCGCAUGCUGGUGGUGCAGGUCUUCGAUUAUGCAGCAAAGCUGGCGAACAAGUUGCCUGAGCCGGACAAGGUUAAGCUGACAGGGAUUUUGGCUGAACUCCGUUGCCCUUCCACAUGUUGGGAGAAAUAUCUCUGCCAUGCUGAUGCUGAUCAAGGGGCUGCUGGAGAGGACGACAUGGACGGCGAGGACCCAGAGGACGUGGAGCGCCCUGUUCCGCAGUCCAAGAUUGGAGCUGUUAAAGAGGGUUUCAACAAAGCCAUUGGCAUGCUUUUGGAUUUGCUGCUGGAGCUGAUGUCGGGGAAGUACUACAAGGAUUGCUGCAUGCUGGCUUCGAGUGAAGAUGGCCUUGCAAAGGCAUUGACAGCUGCACAGCUUGGAAGCUCGGAUGACACGGAGCACGAGGAGCCAUGUGCGCUUAUCACUCAGAUGAAGAUCAUUGUCGACAAGUUCGACAACAGCACGAAGUCCGUUGGUGCCACAUCUGCGGCUCCUGCUCCGAGUUUGCUCCAAAGCCUGGCCAAGGCUUCUGAAGCUGACACACCCGAGGAAUGUGUCGAGCGUGAGCGGCAGUGGAAGGCGGUGCAAACGGAACGCCGCAAGUUCGUGUCGUUCUCGGUACCGAACAAGAUCUCGAAGGACUGCCUAGUCAAUGCGUUCAGAGGUUGCGGCAAGGUCUUCACGCACAAGGGCACCUUAAACUCUUCGCACCGCCUGAUCGUUGCCAGUGCGGAUCUCUUGGCAGAGGCUGGUACCGACCCGUGGCUCAAGGGCACUCCGCCAAGCGAGGAAUGGAAAGAGAUCUGUGCCUUUGCCAAAGACAUUUCUGGGCCCGAGGAUUUCGUUGUACUCUUCGACGGCAGAAUGCGGGAAAUUCGCCGCGUGUCCGAGCUCAAAGGCUGCACCUGGUUCUUUAAGGAAGACCUCCUGCUGAACCAGCAGCACACCGAGGAGUGCACCAUCGUGUACUCAGGUGGGUGCCCGCCGAGAACUGGUCGCACUCGCCGCGUUCCGCUGGCUGCAAAGAAGGUGGAGACAGGAGCGGUUAAGUUCCCGGUCGCACGCACCAAGAUUCAGACGACGAAGAAAGGCUCCUUCACAGUCUGCGGCGAGGCUUCUACGUACCAAGGCACUUACUCAGGCGUGGAGUACCGUGCGGUUUCUGAAAUGCCCCUCGUGUCUGCAGACACCAAGAAGAAGAUCAUUGCUCCGGCAACAACCGGCGACCUCCCGACACCGCCAGAGGACUGGCAGGAUCGCCACGGCUCCGACGUACCCUUGUUCUGGAACGAGUCGAAGCCGAUAGCAUAUUGGAAUGCCAUCAUUGAGGAGUUUUGCGCGGAGGCAGUGUUUGACCUCACGGCUGGCACCGGUGCUCUGAUGGAGGCGGUUGCUGAUCGCGCAGCUUGCGGAAUGAUGGCUUUGGAGGGAUCCACUCUUUACUCGGACGAGAAUGCCAAGGCGGUGAAGAAGCAUUUCCCGCACGUUCUGGAGAGCUUGUCCAACCAAGACGACCAGGACGAGGCACCUGCUGAGCCAGAUAGUUCCCUGCUUGGGUUCGACAUGGGCUGCCGAUGGAGGCCUACCAGACGCCUCUGGGGCAAAACCAGUCUCAAGACGGCUUCUCGUCGGAUGCCCCGGGGGUGCCAGCAUGGUGGCAGCAAAUCGCAGAGCUUGCGGAAGCAGGCUGUGAAAGACGGCUUGGUCCCCAAGGCUCGAAGGGCCUUCGUCAUCUGGUUCCAGGAAAACUCCGAAGUCAAGAAAGGCGCUCCCAAGCACGAGUUUCUCAAUGAGAUGAAGCAUCUUGGCGCAGUCUGGCAGGGCAUGACCGACAAGCAGAAGGCACCAUUCAUGGCGAGGAGCAAAGAUGAGUUCAUGGCUCAGCGAAGUGCACUGGCCGUUCUUGGCAUCAGGAUGCGGGGCUCCACGACCAGUGCGGGCGGCCCCGACGAGGCGAAGGACCCCCCUGCCGCUGACGAAUCUGGCGGUCGCGUUGGCCCAUUUGAGCUUAAUGGUGCAAGGGCUCCAAUUGGAGGCGGAGCCUAUGGCAGUGUCUACAGUUGCCAGCAUCCGCAAAGCGGCCUUAACGUGGCGGUGAAGGUUUAUCGUGGCUCCGAUGGCCCCGCGGAUUGCAGGCACGAAGUGGAGCAGAUGAAGCUUCUAAUGAAGGCCGUUCCGCAGCAGAAGAUGAUGUGGUUCCCGCUUCUUGUCAGCUCGGGUGUCACGGGCAGACCUUGGCCAUGGAUGGCUACUAGCCUAUGUGGGCCCAGCCUGGCAACCGCACUUCGAAAUCCUGCGGCGCAUGGCAAGCCGAGGACGUGGUCUGUGGCAGCUCAGCUGAGAAGUGCACUGCAGACCUUGCAUGACGCAGGCAUCCUACACUUGGAUGUGAAACCUGGCAAUGUUCUUUGGUGCCCUUGCACAGAUCAGGUGCAGGUGUGCGACUUCGGCAUGAGUGAGAACAUGGCACGGCUCCAGAAGGCUUCUCAGGCUCCCAGGUUCCUGCAGUAUGUCACGGCUGCCUAUCGACCUCCGGAGCUGUGGCCCGCUCGUGUGAAUGGCGAUGGAGACUGCGGUGUCAGAAAGCAGCUGCUGACUGCAGCUGUGGAUAUGUGGGCCUAUGCUUGCGUGGUGUUUGAGGUGGAGACCGGGAAUCCCUUCAUGCCCAAGGGGGAGGCCGGACUGAGAGCGUGGUGCAAGCAGUGGCCCGAGCUGUGGAAAACACGCAGCGACUUAGCCAAUUGCCCCGCUGCAAGUCACACGUGCUGCACAAAGGUGCUUCGAGCCGGUAAAUGGGGGCUGUUUGUGUUGGUCGGCUGUGCUCCAGACCCCGGAAAGCGGCGGUGGCCGGAGCUCUGUCUGAAUCAGAAAUGA